GGCGGCGCGAUCGGGUCGGCAGGGCCAUGAGCCGCAGGGGUGCGGUGCAGCGCAAGGUGCCGUGCUUGUUCGUGACCGAGGUGAAGGAGGAGCCGUCGGCCAAGCGGGAGCGCCAGCCGUUUAAAGUUUUGGCAACUGAAACCCUAAAUGAAAAGGCAUUAGAGGCAGAUAUAUACAAUGCAGUUCCUACUGAAAAGGUGGAUGGAACCUGCUGUUACGUAACUACCUACAAAGGGCAACCAUACCUAUGGGCCAGGCUGGACAGAAGACCCAACAAACAAGCUGAAAAAAGGUUCAAACGAUUCUUAUAUUCAGUAGAAGAUUGUAAAGAAUUUAUUUGGAAUGUUGAAGAGGAUUUCAAGCCUGUUCCAGAUACCUGGAUCCCAGCCAAGGAAAUAGAAUUCUCUAAUGGCAAUCCUUUGCCUGACGAAAACGGACACAUGCCAGGUUGGGUGCCCGUGGAGAAAAACAGUAAGCAGUAUUGCUGGCACUCGUCUGUUGUAAAUUAUGAGGCUGAAAUGGCACUUGUAUUGAAACACCAUGCUGACCCCGGGCUUUUGGAAAUUAGACCAGUAUCACUGUCAGAACUUCUAGAACAAACACUGGAGCUUAUUGGGACAAAUAUUAAUGCAAAUCCAUAUGGAUUGGGAAGCAAAAAGCAUCCUGUACAUCUUCUGGUACCACAUGGAGCAUUUGAAAUUAAGAAUCCACCUACUUUGAAACGAAGUGACAUAGUGUCGUGGUUUGAAGGCUGCUGUGAGGGUAAAGUUGAAGGAAUUGUUUGGCACUGCCGUGAUGGAUGUUUAAUCAAGCUCCAUCGCCAUCACCUUGGUUUACGCUGGCCACUUGCAGAGACAUACCUGAAUUCUCAGCCUGUUGUUAUUUCUUUCAAUAGAAAUGACUAUGACUGUGAUUUUGGACCAAAGAGUUUGUUUCAUCAGUUUUCAAAACUAGACGGUCAAAGAUUUGACAGUCUCAAAGAUAUCAAGUUUGAUGAUUGAAGUUACUUCUCUAUUUUAAGUCAGUAGCUCUAUGUGCUGCAUUCCGCUUUCUUCUAUCACAGAACUCCCUUCCAAAAAGGAAUCUUCCUGCUUGAAGAGUAAGCUCUGUACUGUAUAGUUUGAAGUUUUUCUUAAAUGAUUUAUUGUAAGUAGUGACGUAUGUGACAUCCAGAACAGAAUCUAGCUUCAAGCAUGUUUAUUUUUAUUUUUGAAAAAUCCUUAACUUGUUCACCCAUUUCUGGAUCUGCUAAUGGUUAAACAGCACGUUGUCUAACUAACUGGCUGAUCCUAGCAGCUUAAUUAAUGAAUGCAAUCAACUGUGAAAGUUCCCUAGGAUGCGCUUUUCUAAAUAUAAUUACUGUGACACAACAACAUGUAGAACUCAGAUUCAGGAUCUAGUUUUUUAUCAAUGAAGAAUAGAUUUCUGGUAGCACCAGAAUUAGGUCUGAAGUGUGAUGAUUUCUUAAAAUGUUUGUAUCUUUCUUGGGUGAAAACAUUUUAUGGUAUUAUUCAACUGAUAAGCUGCAGCAUUAUGCUAGUACCUGAAAAACUAAUUAAUCUACAUCCUAAAUCUACUUCCACUAUUUUUGUUUGAAGAUCAGAGGAAGUAAAAGGAAGCAUACUCAUUCUGUCUUGAAGAUUCUUAGUGAGAGAUUUGACUUCAUAGUACCCAUUUUAAGACUGCAUCUAAAUUUAUGAAGCACAUAUUAAGUAUUUGAAAAAAGAUGGCACAAAUAAUAAAGUCAGAAUGCAUAGUG